CUUCGGACAAUGGCCACUUUUUUGCAUGUUGCUCGUCAAUGGCCGCGUCGUGACAUUUGUCGCGCUUUCCAUUCCAGCAGGGUGUUCUGGAAUGAAACACCAAAAUCCACAUUGACCGAAGGUGCCCUCGGCGACAAGAAAGAAAUCUACCACGAACCCUACGACGAAGAGCCGUUACCUUAUCUCAGCAGGCCUCUAGGGGUGCGGCAUCGACCAACGACGUCGCGUUUGAAUACCACAGAAAGGCUGAAAGGGUACUUGGAUACGGACAAGGUCAUGGCAGAGCGGGAACUUUUAGUGAAAGAGGCUUCAAAAGGAUAUUUUCACGAUUUGAAUCGAACAAGAAGACAUGGAGGAAAGACCUGGCUUGCUCCCAAGAGUCUAAUACGGGAAGACCAAGCCCUGUAUUUCCCGGACAUCCAGGGUAAAAAUCUCAAAGGACUUAAUAAGCACACGACAGAUCUCUGUAUUGGCCGAAUAACGGUGCUCGCCGUAAUCACUACGCGAAUAUCCGAGUUCCACGUCAAGGGCUUUUCGGAAUCAACCAACAACCGAUAUUUGUCCAAUCCAUUGUACCAAUUCGUCCAGAUCAACCUACAAGAAAAUCUCCUCAAAUCAUUGUUGGUCAACAUGUUUGCCAACUCUCUACGUUCCGUCAUACCUCCAGAGCUACACUCCACAUAUCUCGUGUCGAGUCAGAAUAUGGAGUACGAACGAGAUCCACUAAGCAUGACGAAUAGUCGAGUGGGCUACGUGUAUCUUGUCGAUGAAAAUCUUAAAAUUCGCUGGGCUGGCAGCGCAGGUGCUACCGUCGAGGAAGCACAGACCCUCGAAAUAUGCACUGGUGUGCUCUUGAAACGUCUAGAACAAUCGAAACCCGAGUCUGUGGCUUGAGAGUCCAUGAGGACCCGCCAUAAUCAUUGCUAAUCGCUGUAUAAAAUGCCGUCAUGAACUAGAUUAUUCGAUGUUCUGACGAACUCACUGUGCGCACAUGCAACUCAAUGAUCCGGUGUACGCGUUGACCAACAGAUAAUAUUGGUCAUCAAGGAAUCUGUUGUCGUCGAUAACACAAGUGUUCCUUGUACCAUGAAUGACAAUAUGAUGAAGAUAACUUGACACCGC